AUGGCGCAGGACGAGGAGCAACGCUACGACCGCUUCGAUGUCGACAACGAUUUUGAGGGCGGCCAGUGGAUAGGCGGGGAGUUCUUCCACGCGGGCAAGCGUAAGAAGCGGCAGCAGACCGAGGACGACAGGAUCUACGGCGUGUUUGCCGGCAGCAGCAGCGACGACGACGAGGGCGGCCGCCGCGGCAAGCGCGAGAAAAAGGCGGCCGACUACACGAAGCCCGUCGGAUUCGUGUCCUCGGGCACGUUUGUGCAAGACCCUGAGGACGGCAAGAAGGGCGCCAAGGCGGGCGCCGGCGCCGGCGCUGCGCCCGUGGAGGACGGCGGGGAGCCGCGGCGCGCGGGACUCGGGAGCGGCGGCUCCGCGGUGCUUCCGCCGAAGCAGGGGAAGGCGGCGCGGCGGCACGAGGGGGAGGGGGAGGAGCUGCACCACGGGGGCCUUGGGUUCGGCGGCGGCGGCGGCGGCGGCGGCGGCCUUGGUUUUGGGGGAGCUGGGGGCGGCGGCCUGGGCUUCUCCGGCGGAGGGGCGAACGGCGGCAGCGGCGGCGGCGGCGGGCUCGGCUUCCGGUCAGCCGGCAGCACGGGGGGCGGCCUGGGCAGCAGCGGGCGGGAUGGCGUGCGGCGGCAAGAUGAUGAGGAGGAGGAGGAAGAGGCGGCCGUCCUGCCAACUGAGUUCGGCAAGAGGAUCAAGGCCGCCGCCGAGCGCCGGCAGAAAAAGGCGGCCGCCGACGCCGCGUCCAAGCGCCAGGCGCACGGCCAUGCGCGCGCCGGCGCCGGCGGCGCUGGCGCGACCGGCGUCGGCGCGUCUGACCCCAAGUUUGCGUCGUUCGAGACCUUCACUAAGGGCAUCGGCUCCAAGCUGCUCUCAAAGAUGGGCUACCGGCCGGGGGAGGGUCUUGGCAGGGAGAAGCAGGGCAUUGCGAAGCCCAUAGAGGCGAAGCUGCGGCCCAAAGGCAUGGGCAUGGGUUUUGGGGACUUCAAGGAAGCCAAGAUGGUGGUGCCGGGCGGCGUGGAGGAGAAGGCGGCGGCGGCGGCGGAGGCGGCGGGGGAGGGGGAGGAGGGCGGCGGCGCCGGCGACGCGGCGGCAAAGGCCAAGCAGCCGCCCGGCGCCCUGUGGAAGAAGAAGGCCGCCCCCGCGCGGCAGCGCCGCACCUACAAGACGGCGGAGGAGGUGCUGGCGGAGUCUCAGGAGCGCGGCCUCGCGGCGGGCGGCGGCGGCGGCCCCGUGGCGCAGCCGAUCCUGGACCUGCGGGGGCCGACGGCCAGGGUCAUCACCGACAUGGAGCACCUGUCGGCAGGGCCAGACACCGCGGCGGCCGCGGACAGCACCCCUAUGCCGGAGCUGCAGCACAACCUGGCACUGCUGGUCACAAUGACGGAGGCCCAGCUGCAGCGGCUGGAUGCCCGGUUGCAGCACGACCAGGACACGGCCUCCAUCCUGGCAGCUGAGAGGAAGCUGCUCGAGCAGGAGGUCGAGGACAGGGCCGCCGCCACCGCGCGGCUCGAGGCGCUGCACUCGCGCCUGCAGCAGCUGCAGCAGCGCGUCGGGCAGGCCGACGACGGCGGCGGCGGCGGCGGGGAUGGCGGCGGCGGCGCGGCGGCGGCGGCUUGGGCGGCGCUGCGGCGGGAAUACAAGGAGGAGUAUGUCUUGUAUAACCUCGGGUCGGCCGCGCUCCCGGCCGCGCUGCCGGUGCUGACAUCAUCACUCGCAGGCUGGGCGCCGCUCGCGGCGCCGCGGCAGGGCGCGGCCGCGUUCGCGGCGUGGCGGCCGCUGCUGGAAGGCGAGGGGGCGCGGCACGCGGUGCUGGGCGGCGAGCUGGGGGGCGGCGGCGGCGGCGGCGACGAUCCCUAUGCGGCUGUGGUGGAGGAGUUGGUGCUGCCGCCUGUCAGGUCGGCCCUGACGGCGUGGGACCCCCGAGACCCUGAGCCGGUGCUGGCCUGGCUGGACGCGUGGGAGGGCCUGCUGACGCCCGCAGCGCUGGGCCACGUGCUGCUGGGGCUGGUGCUGCCGCGCAUCUCUGCGGCGGUGGAGCGCUGGGACCCGCGGCAGCUCGAGGCGCUCUACCCCACCAUCCGCCACCGCCUCGCGUCAGCCCUCACGCAGUGGCACCCCGGCGACGACAGCGCGCGCGUGCUGCUGGCGCCGUGGCGCCGCGUGUUCGAGGCGGCGGACUGGGACGGGCUGCUGGCGCGCAGCAUCGCGCCAAAGCUGGCGCUCGCGCUGCAGGAGCUGGUGAUCAACCCGGCCCAGCAGGACCUGGACCCAUUCAACUGG